CUUGUUAGUAGUUUCUUGUUUGUGCAUAGUAUGGUGCACCUUAAGCGCAGUACGUAUGUAAAUAUAAGCGACAUAUUCCAUGAGACGAGAUAUUAUAAGAUAACCACAGAUACCGAAUACUCUGGAAAUAACUAAAAAUUUCAACCAUGACCAUGGGAAGGGUGCAAUUGUCGUGUAUAGACUGGUGAGACCGUGCGCUGGAUUGCGCUAAGUCCUACUCCAUGGUAUAGUUUAAUCCGUCCACGCUCGCUCAGAUCACAUACAUAGGUGAUUCUUAUAUAUACACAUACACAAUCUAAAAGUGUAUAUAAUAGCCAUUUCUAUCUUUACAGUAUCCGGUGUGUGAAAUUAGAAGAAUGAGAUCGUUUGAGGUCAAUGUGCCACGGCACCACUUGCAAACCACAGUACAAUGUGUGCAACGAAUGGGGUUUGCGCAGGCCGUGUUCGUGCCCACACCGCAUCAAUCAGCGCAGAGCCCUACGCUGCUGUUAAGUGCAGUCUUUGAACCCCAACCGAACGGAGAUACAGACGAGCAUGACCUUGCGUAUGUAACUGAAGAGACAUACGAAGAGGUGGUGAACUGUGUCAACACACAGUACAUUGCUGAUGAGAAUGCACAUGCUACAUGCACCAGAAAGACAGCCGGUGCUAGGAAUAAACGGAGAACCUCAUAUCACAAUCGCAUGCUGACGUCUGACGAUGCCGUUGUAUCGUACAAAUCGAAUGCAUGCCAUGUCGAGGGUGCACUCGACUGCAACGCAAAUAACAGUCGCAAGCAUAUUCUCUUUCCCGACGAUAGUCCGAAAUCAUCCUCACCUCAAGACCAUACCACGAAUGGGUGCAUCCGAUUCAACUGUAUUGAAAACAAUGCGCAGCGAGCCAUCACACAGCUCACGGCGUGUGGUGUAGGGUCGAAGUUUGGAUACAUCGCUGUGUGGGAUACCUUUGCCCAGGAUGGGGAUGUAGAGGAUGUCCUUGGCCUAGGUGGUGACGAGAGUGUCUCGUGGUGGCCCAAGCACGCCAAGCACCUGAGCGACUCGGAGGUGCUGCGUAAGAUCGAAUCACGGAACCACGUGACCUUUGACAUCGUGGCACUUACGCUGUGUGGAGCCAUGCUCAAUGCCAUCGGCCUCCUGAGCAAGAGCACGCCUUUUAUCGUCGCGUCAAUGUUGAUCAGUCCCUUGAUGGUUCCACUUCUCGGAUGUGUUUGGGGAAUUAGUACCGGAGACACUGUCGUUGUACAGAAAAGUUUGGAACGCCAAGUUAAACUGGUCAGCAUCGCGUUUGUUGGCGGAUUCCUGGUUGGGAUCUGUGGUUGUAUGGGCAUGUACGCAAUUGCAACACAUGAUACAUACAAACACAGGCCAUUCUAUGGCUCCGGAAAGAUCACUGACUUGCUCAAUUGUGCGAUAUCGAUCCCGUCAGGUGUCGCUGUUGGGAUCUCGUACACAGGAGGGGCACCGAUGCAGGAGAAACUGGUGGGUGUUGCACUGGCCGCCUCCAUGCUGCGGCCGAUAGUAGGGUCCGCAAUGAACUUGUCACUGGGACUCUUUCUGUGGUCACACUUCGAACACGAGACAGCUGAUCUGGUGCGGGCCAGGGACGGGGCUGUGAUCUCUAUGAUGGUUUUUGUGCUAAAUUAUUCGGGAAUUUGUCUGUCGGCAGCCCUGGUUUUCUGGAUCAAAGGCGUGAAGGGGUUUCGGGACUAGAGUCAGUGUGAGAAUUAAACUCUGACUCGGAUUCAUGGUUUAGUAUAGGUAGUUAUUCAUUAAAGCAUUUUCACUCGCGAAGUAACUAUUCCUUGAUCCGGAAAAUUUAUUUUCCACUGCUCGCUAUGAAGCACU